CCGGCUUUCCUUUUGCAGGUCUUCACGCCUGGCCAGAUGGCGAUCUUCAUGGAAAUGCUGCAAGGGCAGGAGUACGCUCUAUAUGGGCAUCUCAUGCCAGGUCAUUUUGUUCGCGAUGGGCUGAGCCAAAGCACGCUUUUCCAACUAAUCGAUGCAGGAUCCGCUGCUGUUGCUGAACAACAACAACACGUACAACUGCUGAAAGCAGACUUAGCCCGACUGGAACUGAAUCAAGAAACCAGAGUGGUGAGCUUUUACUUCCGUAGUCGACGAAUGAUUUGCCCAUUUGAUGGAAAAGGACUUGAGUUGGUGGACUACAACGAACUCCGGUAUCAACGCCCGAACGCUGUCCUCCGACUCGACCACUUCCGGUUUUCACUAUUGCUGCUUCGUGGUAAUCUCGCCACUCGAAAUGUAUGA